AUGGACAACAUUACUCAGACUGAAAAUGAGCCUACAUCACCAAAUCCACUCUCAAACGUGGAAAACUCGGGCCCGAAAGAGGACUUUGCAGGUAAAAGCAGCCUUCCGACGGGUCAACCUAAUGACAAUUCUCCGUUGUUAGCUUCAAAUUCAGCCCAUCACCCUCCCGAAUCUUCUUUGCCUGAAUUAGAAUUCCCCAUUCGCAUAAUCCAACGACAGCUUGUCCAAUCUUGCGCCAAGCCCCCGCGCAGCAAUUUAGAACACCUAGACUUACAAACACGUAUUAGCUCCACACAUAAUCCAAGUCAGUCGCCUCAAGAACUUAGUUUCUUCCCAUUGGAAUAUCCUCCAUAUCCAACGAGUGACGUCAACUUCGAUGAAUGGACUAACUAUGCUGCCUAUUGUGGCACGUCACCAGAGCCAGAGCUUCUCAAUCUUCUGUCAAACGAAGAGAAUGCAAGUCUUCACAAAAAGUACUUCACACCUCGAUCUAUAGAUGAUGUUAACAACGAAGAUUCAUCCUCUUGUGCCAACAAAAUAACGAUGCGGUCUAGAACACACGACUUCGAGGUAACAACUGCUCAGCCACAAAGUCAACUUCCAUGA